AGCUAGCUUUACUUUCCGUAUUGACUUCCGGUCCGAAACCGAAACGCGAUGGAAAUUUCAAAAGAAGCGUCUGAGAAGAAAAGAAAAAGAACAAUUAAAAUUGAGUCCGGGACAAGUGGUGGAGCUGGUGAUGCAAAGGCCGAGCCAAAGAAAUUAAAGAUCAUCCAUGAGAGCCCAGCAGUUGGUGGAGGGAGGGCGCUCUUCUAUGCAGAAGAAGAAGAAGUGGAGCAACGGAAGGUCGGGCAGGAAGUAACACUCUUCCACAGCGCUUGUGAUGACAUCACACGAACUAUCAAGGAGAUCAAGGCACUAAAAGAGUCAUCAGAUAAAGAUAUGAAGGUAGAGAUUGAAGGCAAAAAGCUGGAAGUCAUGUUGCAAGUUGUGAUGCUGAAAAAGCUUAACAGACUAUCCCAUAUUCGUUGCAAAAAAGUCAAAGAUAAAACAACAGAGGUAAAGAACAUGAUAGACAAGAGCCAACUACAGCUGCAGAACCUGUUGUAUGAGAUCCUACAUCUGGAGAAAGAGAUUGUCAAGUGCCUUGCUUUCAGGUCAAAGGAUGAAGAGAUAGACCUGGUUCCUGAAGAGCAGUUCUAUAAGGAGGCCCCUCCAGAAAUCUCAAAACCUGAGGAGACAGAGGCCAACCAACACAAACUCACUCUGGCCAGGCUGGACUGGGAGCUGGAACAGAGAAAACAGCUGGCAGCUCGCCUUCAGGAGGCUGAACAAAAGCGUGAACAGAUGGAUGCAAACAACCGCACCACACAUGAGCAACUUGAUAACCUUCAGCCUAAACUCAACUCCAUUCUUCAGUCUACAAAGCCUGUUCAAGACUACCUGAACAUGCCAUUCGAUGCCGUGCGUGAAGAACACAUGAUAGCACAGUACUUGCCCCACCCACUUUUUGUCCUGUAUAUGCAGACGUGUGCAUACCGUGAUGCAGCUGAUAAGGGCCUCGAUGUAAAGCUUGAGGGAGAUGUAGACAAGGCCAAGUCUGUGGCAAGCGCUGGACCAGUCACUAUAGAUGAGGAGAGUGACAGUGAGCAAGAGGAACAAGAAGAGGUGGAGAAGAAAAAUAAGAAGCGAAGUCGGAGGAAGACGGCCGAUGUUCAGAAGGCAGAUAAAAAGUCAAAGGUGUUUGUGCGUCAUCCUCUCUCUGUGGUUGUACAGGUUACAUGCGAAGAUGAAAGCAGCCUUGAACUGACCUUCAACUUCUUGACCUAUCUCAAAGUCAUCACAGUCAUGGUUAAGGUCAUCACCCCUAGCAGACUCAACACUAACUGCAUCUCAGGAAGUGACCUUCUGGCCUCAGAGGAAGUGCUAUGUGACCUUUACCCUGGAGAUAGUGGCUUCAUAUCACCUAACCAUAGCAACCAGUUUGAUCUCAACAGAUUUGGGUUGAAAGAGUUCCGGGAUUAUGUGGGCCAAUUUGGUCACCCAUACCUAUGGGCUCAGAAGAUGGGUGGGCUCCAGUUCCUGUCUGGUGAGCCUGGGGCUCCCCAGAGCACAGUGGCUAGACACUCUCUACCGUCCACAGUAUCGAGGUUGAGACGGAGGUUGCAGUCCAGGCUGGAACUGCUUACACAGCUUGCUGCAUUAGAGCGAGGAACAGUUCCAGUAAGCAGCAAAUACCAAAGUUUGUUCCCAGUGAAGUUGUCAAGCAGCCUGAAGUCAUGGGCUCGAUCAACAUAUCCCGACUUCUUAGAGUGCCCAUACACCCAGCGGGCAAUAGAAGCCCGGACAGCUGGGGAGGGAGACCUUUAUUUCCGGGCUGUCAUAGAGCGGGGCUCAGCCAAUCUGACAGCACAGAUUGUGGUUGGACCAGAUUACCCCAUUGAAGCACCUCUGUUCUGUGUGAAUAUUUCCUGGGGAUCCAACAGGACUGCAUUGAAUGAUAUCCAUGUGCAGGAACUUGAAGAAGAAGUGAAUGUCCAAUACGAGGAGCUUGUGCAUGCUGGGUCACGUGACCAGUUGUUGACCAAUCAGCUGCAGCGUCUGGUCAUGUGUCUGGAUGUCUACCUUGAAACAGAAUCUCUCACGGCUAGCCAGGAGGGGCCAGUAGAGAUUGCCAAGGAGAAAGUGUUCACAAGGACAGCAAGGGGUCGCCAAAGGACCAAGCCCUAUAAAUACUCCUCUGAUACUGGCAUCUUCACACACAGAUGAAGUCUUCCUCAGAAUGCAUUCUUUAAAUACAUUAGUGUAUCAUAUCUACACAUUCAUGUUUUGUUUUGUACUAAUUGAUUGAAUGGACUUGAAUAGAGAGGAUUAAAAAAUGAACUUGACAAGAGUUGUGUUCGCUGAGAAUAGACCUUGUGUGUAUUAAAUGAUUUAGACCAAUACCUGUGCUUAAAAUUGCAGAUUUUGUGACAGUUAUAUUCAUAUUGGAUAUUUUACCUCAACUUUGACCUUGAAGAUACAGAGUUAUGGAAAGACACACUGUUGAAUGGAGGUUUAUUUUGUAAGGACAUAUGUAAACUAGACAAACAGCAAUGCUGUGAAACCUGUUUAUUUUGUGUAAUACCGAAAGUGGCACCGAUAUGUUUUGGGUAUCAACUACUAGCAGUGACCAUUGCCUUGUUCUUAUUAACAAAAAAUAUCAUCUAUAUUUGUCUUCUG